UUGGGCCACCGCCAUAGCGAAUUGAGUUUUUCUUCGUCUGUACGAAGCAGCAUUAAAAGCAAUAAUUUAUCCCGUUACUCGGUCGUGGGUUAUUUUCGAAAUGCGGGGAAGACCACCAGCAGGAAGAUUCUAGUUCCGUUCGAAGCUAGCACGAGCGAGCAGAGAGCGAGAUUUGAGAAACCUGCAGAGGCAAAACAGUGGAAAACCGGUUUAGGACUGCGCCGUGAAACGUGAAGGUCCCCCGCCGAUGUCUUCGUGAACACCAAGCGAACGUGGUGGGUGCCAGGGGUCGUCGUUGCCUACAACCCUUUUCGAUCCAACACUGAAAGGUGACCACGAAGACGGUGUCACGGUGCCCCUGCUGGAACAUAACAACCAGCGACCGAAACAGGGUGCAACAGGUCAUCGUGACGACGGCAUUUCUCUGCGAAAACCAAGCAAACCAAGGUCCAAACGGUGUACCAGUUAAUAGUGCCAAAAGUGAAUUGCUUAAGGAAGUCCACAAACGCCUUGGUGCCAAGUGUUAACACGUUAUAAGUGUGGAUAACAUUCGAGCCGAGUAAUUCCUUCCGUCCAUCCAACAAGAGCACGUAACCGCUCAGGAAGAGCAUCGAUUAAUUUGCGCACAGCCAGCCCCUUCAUAAGCAGCCACCGUGGAGCAAAAGCGCAGCCCAACGCUUUCCGGCAAGAAGAUGGCCAGCACUGGUGACAUAUGGUUGCAGUGGUUCUCCUGCUGCUUCCACCAGCCGCAAAGCCCCCGGCGUCGGAGACACCAUCAGCGGCUCCGGAUUGAUCGAUCGAUGAUUGGCAAUCCAACCAACUUUGUUCACACUGGUCACAUUGGAUCAAAUGAUGUAGAACUAUCGACAAACCAUCUCUCCGCCAUUCAGAACCAGAUGCAGAGUAAAGGUGGCUACGAGAUGAACUCGCUCAGGUUACAGACUUGCUGAGGUCAGAUCUAAGCCGUAGAACAAUUUCAUUGGCUGGGUAACAUCACUAAAGGGGGAGUGGCAUUCUACUGGCACCGCACUGAAUAUAGCAACAUCCCGAGCUAUUUACAUCACAUUUGAAUCAUUGGAAUGUUGAAAUUAAUAUUUAGAAUGAAUGCAGAGAGCGGUGGUCGGCUAGAGUCGUCCAAUACUUACUUGUUCUGCCUACAAUGUGCCUUAGAAAGUGCCUGGGAAGUUACUAUUUGUCCAUCCCCUUUGGCUGGCCAUCCCCUUUGGCCAGGAAAUACUCAAACGAUAUCCGCGGCGAAAAGCACAAGGUCUACAGCACAUAAGAUGUACUCAUUUGUUACGUAAAACUGAUGGAUUUCACCGAAACCUCUUCCCAGCGGGUGCAUAUAUCAACUCUAUGCCAGUUUGAGUAACAUGAGCUUUGCGUGGAUCAGAUCGAAGAGCAGUUGUAAAUAUAUUCUGUAAAUAGUUUCCCUUAUGGAUCGAUGUAACGUAUAAGCGCGAGUUUUGAUAAUUUAAGCUAAUUCUGCCAGCGCAAGAAUAGACCGGGUAGUCUUACAUGACCAACUGCCGGUUCCCGCAAAUGGUAGCAAAGUAGAUAAGUGAUGGCGUGAGUUAAACAUAAGCGGAUUAGCGUAGAACCUUGCGGAAUCGGAGGAUAAAAUGUUUGUAACGUUCCGCCCUAGUGAAGAAACGAGUUAGUGGAAGUUGUUACGAAACCAAUCAGCGCUAAUAAUAAUAAACUGAAUAG